AUGAACCAUAUAAAAAAUAAGGAGCAAGUCAUAAGUAGAAUCUUGCAAUCGAUAACGGCUCAUGGUGUGACAAGUGUGUCGUUCUCCAUAAUGCAACUCGCGAAGCGUAAUAGUGUUGCUUUACUGCAACCCUUGAGGUUCCACUAUGAGUUAUCGACUCACGCCGGAUUCCAAGAAUGGUUAGCGUGACACCUCUAAUGAGUUGCUACCUGUCAAAACCGCAGAACUAAUAGAGUUAUAUUGGGAUUUCAUAACUGUUAUGGAAUCGAAGUUUAUAGUACAGACUAGCAGCUCUGGGAAUGUUGAGGAGUCGGAUAAGUUCUAUCGUUCGUUCCAAAGACACAUUGUAAAGCGCGUUGGGAAGAAGAUCACAUGCGUGAGCAAGGGUAAGAUGUCGGCGGAGGACAAGUAUCCCGAGUUCCAACAGGUUGGAGAUCAAUACGGGGUUAUCAUAGAUCAUUACGGAAUGCACUUCUAUAAGGUUGUGCAAAACAGUCGGGUCCUACUAGCGAUCAUGGACAACAAAUCUAACACCGUCGUCGACCUAAAAAACUGGUUGAUCAUGAUGAUGGAAUUCAUAGCUAGCAAUAACAAGUUAUUCCCGCAUGGGUGUCAGUGGUUGCAGUUAUAUGUACCGCGAGAGGACUUCGUAACUGUAAAGGACUUGCGAAAGAAUCUUCAUUGGAUAGGAGGGGAUAUUUUACGUAAUUUUGGGGAUCAGUGGCCAGAGGAUGAUACACUAAUACUCUGGAAUGAUGAAAGAUAUGUAGUUUUUCGAUUUGAAUGUUAA